AUGGUGACUUCUUUCGAAAUAACGCAAUGGGGACGCAACGACGAGCCAAAGGACAAAGUAGUAGAUGAGGUGGGAGACGCGGCAACAAAGAAGAGAAUGGACACGACGGCAGAGGUGCAUCACCAACUGUUAAGGGAGCUGGCAAACAACUUCAAACUUGGGGAGAACAGACUGGAAACAGGAUAUGGUUCUUUCAAAAUAACCCCAAGAAAGAUAGGUCAUGCGCUUGGCAUCAAUGCAACAGGAAAUCUGUUUCCUCAGAAAGUCGAGUAUAAGAAACUUUCUGAGGAUGACAAAAUAAUUUUUAGAAGAUUCCAGGGUAAGACCCUCAAAAGUCUUACCGAUGAGAUGAUGGAUAUCGGCGUUGGUAACGAAGAGGAACGCCUAAUGUUCAAGAGGAUUUUCAUCCUCUAUAUACAGAUGGCGUUCCUUUUGCCAACGACAAUAAACAAAAUCUCGUCUGUGCACCUGGCCCCAAUUUUUUAG